AUGUCCUCUCCUUUGAUAUUCUUGAAAAGUGUAGCGCCUCCAGGAUGACUGUAUUGGAAAGUAGAUAUAUCAAGGACAUUUUCAUCAAAAAACACAUAUUCUUUGCCAUUUUCAUUAAUAUCUUCAAUCACUUUUAAAUGGCUUAUUUCAAGCAGCUUUUUCUUAAUGAAAAAGUUCAUAAAAGGCAAAAAUGGGCUAAGGCGAUGCCUUGACUCAAGCAAUACGAGCAAGAAAACGAUGAAAAACAUAAAAACAAGAUCCAUCUGAUGGGAAUAG